AUGUGUCAGAAAACCAUUUUUCCCUUCAAUCCCUUCUAUGUUUCAGCCCGUAGCCCUGCUCAGAACAACAAAGUAUGUAGCAUCUGGGGAAAUUUUCACAUCAAGAUGUAUGAUGGAGAGGUCUAUCAGUUUCCUGGAACAUGCAACUAUGUUUUAACGUCACACUGUGGAAGUAACUAUGAGGAUUUUAAUAUUCAAAUACGGAAGAAUGUGGUAAAUGAACAACCCAAGAUCAUCCAUGUUACCAUGAAGCUUGAUGGGACAGUUGUGACUGUCAGUGGUGACACUAUUUCUGUAGAUGACAAACAAAUUUUGCUACCUUACAAUCAGUUGGGCAUUCAGAUUGAAAAGAGCAGCUUAUAUGUCAAGAUCAAGGCCAAAUCUGGUGUGAUGGUCACCUGGAAUGGAGAGGAUGCCUUGAUGGUUGAAAUGCCUGAAAAGUACAUGAAUGAAACAUGUGGACUCUGUGGUGAUUUCAAUGGCAUUGAAAAUCAUGGAGGGUUUUAUGCAAAUGGGAUAAAAGUAACUCCAACUGAGUUUGGCAACCUUCAAAAAUUUGAUGGACCAGAAGAAACAUGUGAAGAUGUUCUUCCUCAACCUACCAGUAAAAAUGCUCAGAAUCAACCAAUCUGUGAGCAGAUUCUCUCCAGUCCAGUGUUUGCCAACUGCAUUGCACUGCUCUCCAUCACCUCCUUUGUCCAGGCCUGUGUGAUGGACAUGGUUGACUGUGGUAAAAAUAAGACCUCUUCCUGUCUAUGUCAUACCGUGUCAGAAUAUUCCCGUCAGUGUGCUAAUGCUGGAGGCCGUCCCCAGAACUGGAGGACGGCUGAGUUUUGCGCAAAGAAGUGCCCCCAGAACUUGAUCCACAGUGAGUGUGGCAGCCCAUGUAUCAAUACUUGCUCUCACCCACUGCAAAAUCAGCUUUGCAUCAAGAGCUGCAGUGAUGGCUGCUUCUGUCCACCAGGUAUGGUCUUGGAUGACAUAACUAAGAAAGGCUGUAUCCCCCUAACAAAAUGUUCUUGUACCCACAAUGGCCAAGUAUACCACUCUGGGCAGUCAUACUCCAGUAACUGCAGAAGCUGUACCUGUAAUGGAGGAUUAUGGACUUGCAAAGAUCUGGACUGUCCUGGGACUUGUGCUGUAGAGGGUGGCUCCCACAUCACCUCUUUUGAUGGAACACAGUUCACUUUUCACGGAGACUGCACUUACUUACUAUCCAAGGAUCAUGUGGAUAACAGAUUUGCCAUUCUGUCUGAGAUUGUCAAGUGUGGACUAACAAAUACAGAAACAUGUCUGAAGUCUGUGACUCUGUCUUUGCCCACCACAAAUACGGUCAUCAUGGUUAAUCCAGCUGGAGAGAUGUACGUAAAUGGGAUUUUGACACAACUUCCAUUAAAUACAGGCAAUUUCACAGCCUUCAAUCCGUCAACAUUUCAUGUGAUCAUCGACACAUCUUUUGGGCUCCAGCUCCAAAUUCAGUUGUCCCCUUUAAUGCAGGUCUAUGUAACUAUUGAUGCCUCCUACAAGAGCAACACUUGUGGUCUCUGUGGUAAUUUUAAUAAUGUUCAAACGGACGACUUUAAUACUGCCAGUGGAGUUACAGAAGGAACAGCUUCUGCUUUUGCCAACACUUGGAAGACCAUGGCAACGUGCCCAGAUGUACUUGAUAGCUAUGAAGACCCCUGCAGUCAGAGUGUUGAAAAUGAACAGUUUGCAAAACGUUGGUGCUCCCUACUGUCAGAUCCAUCAGGACCAUUUUCUCCCUGUCACAGUGUGAUCAUUUCUACAUCCUAUGAAAAAAACUGCAUGUAUGACAUUUGUACAUAUGAGCAAAGUGAGGACUCUAUGUGUGCAGCGGUCUCCUCCUAUGUUCGGGCCUGUGCAGCCAAGGGAGUCUUUCUGACAGGCUGGAGGUCAACCAUUUGUACUAAAUAUUCCACCUCCUGUCCAAAGACAAUGACCUACAGCUACAGGAUGACAAGCUGUGAUCAUACUUGCCGGUCUCUCAGUGAGCCAGAUUUCACAUGCAGUGUUCAGUUUGUACCUGUAGAUGGGUGUGGAUGUAAGCAGGGUACCUACAUGAACCAGAAUGGCGAGUGUGUCCAGGAGUCAGAAUGUCCGUGUUACAACAAAGGUUCAGUAUUGCUUGCUGGAGAGAUUGUCUCAAGAGAUGGAGCCAUGUGCACUUGCAGUAACGGAAAGUUGAGAUGUAUGGGAUCGGAUAAACCAAAAACAGUUUGUAAGCAGCCAAUGACCUACCUUAAUUGCUCCACUCUACCCCUUGGAUCUCCUGGAGCAGAGUGUCAGAAGAGUUGUCAGACUCUUCACAUGGAGUGUUACAGUAAAGGGUGUGUCUCGGGCUGUGUAUGUCCAAAGGGCCUGGUGUCUAAUGGCCAUGGCAAGUGCAUUCCUGCUUCCCAGUGUCCUUGUAUUCACAAUGGAAUAACAUAUAAACCUGGUGAGAAGAUACAAGUGGGCUGCAACACCUGCACCUGCAAAGACCAGAAAUGGCAAUGCACUAAUCUGCAGUGUCACGGUUCUUGUGUCAUGCAAGGAGAAGGGCACCACCUCACGUUCGAUGGGAAAAGAUUCAGUUUUAGUGGCAACUGUGAAUACACUGUUGCUCAGGAUUACUGCGGAAUUAACUCCAAUAAUGGCACUUUCCGUGUGAUCACAGAGAAUAUCCCCUGUGGAAGUACUGGGACCACAUGCUCCAAGGCCAUCAAGCUUUUUCUGGGGAAAGAUGAACUCAGAUUGUCAGAGGGUCAGUAUGAACUCAUGAAGAGAGAUGUUGGUGUUGACAUGGCUUACAAGAUCAUGCAUAUGGGAAUUUAUGUAGUGAUUGAAACCAAGACCGGGCUGAUCCUGAUGUGGGACAAGAAAACCAGUGUGCACAUUAAGCUGAGUGCCUCUUUCAAGGGUAAUGUCUGUGGCCUCUGUGGUAAUUAUGAUGGGAAUGCAAACAAUGACUUCACCACUAGAAGCCAGUCAUUAGUGGUUAACGCCUUGGAGUUUGGAAAUGGCUGGAAGGUGUCCCCUAACUGCCCAGAUGCUAAAGUUCCUAAAGAUCCCUGCACUUCCAAUCCCUACCGGAAGUCCUGGGCUCUAAAACAGUGUAGCAUCAUUAAGAGUAAAGUGUUUGCUGCCUGUCACCCUCAGGUAGACCCUAGUCCUUAUUUUGAUGCCUGUGUUUAUGACUCUUGCGCCUGUGACUCUGGUGGUGACUGUGAGUGCUUCUGCACAUCUGUGGCGGCUUACGCUGCUGCCUGUAAUGAGGCCAAAGUGUGUGUAUCCUGGAGAAAGCCUAACCUUUGUCCUCUUUUUUGUGAUUAUUACAAUGGCCCUGAUCAGUGUGAGUGGCACUACAAACCCUGUGGAGUUCCUUGUAUGAGAACUUGCCGAAAUCCCAGUGGGACAUGUUCCAGUCAGAUCCCAGGACUAGAAGGUUGCUAUCCAAAAUGCCCCCCAAGAAAACCAUUUUUUGAUGAAGACUCCAUGAAAUGUGUAGCAAGGAAAGAUUGUGGUUGUUAUGAUAAACAAGACCGCCAUUAUCAACUUGGAGAGAAAAUGCCAAGCAGUAAUGUUUGCCAAACCUGGCAUACUGGUGACGCAUUUCGGAAGGUUGGCAUGAUAAAUGCGUACUUUUCAGUCCAGUCAUCAUUGAAGGACCUGUUUUCUACAUCAACUUUGCGUUUCAUGGUCUUUGAGAGUGCCAUUUUACCUCUUUUAGGAGACCCUUUCCUGUCACUUCCUCCGUCUUGCAAGUGCAUCUAUAACAUGAAGGAGUUCCCACUGAAUGCUGUCAUCUACAACACCACGGAUGGCUUAGGAGACUGCAUCACAGCUACCUGCAAGGAGAAUGGCACAAUUCAAAGAGAUAUGUUCCCCUGUGCUGCAACUACCACAGCCUCCACCACAGCAUUUGUUUUUAACACUACUGUUCCUCCCUCAACUGUACCCACACAGUAUUUGUCAUCAAUGAAUCCAACUUCUGCUACAUCAAGCCAGCCUAAAACUACAUGUGAAGAAGAAGUCUGUAAAUGGUCAAUUUGGUAUAAUGUUGAUGGACCAGACCUGGGAGACCUGGAAGGAGAUUAUGAAACCUUUGAAAAUAUCAUCAAGAAAGGAUAUGCUGUGUGCCAAUCACCUGUAUCAGUUGAAUGCCGUUCACACCUCUAUCCUGAUACCCCAAUUACUCAGUUGAAACAGGCUGUUCAAUGUAAUAAAACUUUUGGACUUAUUUGCAAACAUGAGGAUCAACAUCCUACAAAAUGCCUUGAUUAUGAGGUCCGAAUUCUUUGUUGUGUUUUCACCGCUUGCCAUACAACAGUUGCUGCAGAUUCAUACACCACUCAUAUUUCAUCUGUAGCUCCAACCACCUCAAUUACAGAAAACACCAUCAACACUAAACAGACGUCACCUGAAUACUCAAGUGAGAAGACAACACAAGGAGUAUCAAGGGAGCAAACGACACCUAGAAUAACAAGUAAAUUAUCAUCAAGUGAGCAGACAACACCAGGAAUUUCAACUAAACACACGUCAGCUAAAUACUCAAGUGAGCAGACAACACCAGGAAUUUCAACUAAACACACGUCAGCUAAAUACUCAAGUGAGCAGACAACACCUGGAAUUUCAACAAAACACACCUCAGCUGAAUAUUCAAGUGAGCACACAACACCUGGAGUUUCAACUAAACACACAUCAUCUGGAUACUCAAGUGAGCCGACAACACCAGGAGUAUCAAGGGAGCAAACGACACCUAGAAUAACAACUAAAUUAGCAUCAAGUGAGCAGACCACACCUGGAAUUUCAACAAAACACACCUCAGCUGAAUAUUCAAGUGAGCAGACAACACCAGGAAUUUCAACUAAACACACAUCAUCAGAAUACUCAAGUGAGCAGACAACACCAGGAGUAUUAACUAAACACACAUCGUCUAAAUACUCAAGUGAGGAGACAACACCAGGAAUUUCAACUAAACACACUUCAGCUGAAUACUCAAGUGAGCAGACAACACCUGGAGUUUCAACUAAACACACAUCAUCUGAAAACUCAAGUGAGCAGACAACACCAGGAGUAUCAACUAAACACACAUCGUCUGAAUACUCAACUGAGCAGACAACACCAGGAGUAUCAAGGGAGCAAACAACAUCUAGAAUAACAACUAAAUUAGCAUCAAGUGAGCAGACAACACCUGGAAUUUCAACAAAACACACCUCAGCUGAAUAUUCAAGUGAGCACACAACACCUGGAGUUUCAACAAAACACACCUCAGCUGAAUAUUCAAGUGAGCAGACAACACCAGGAAUUUCAACUAAACACACAUCAUCAGAAUACUCAAGUGAGCAGACCACACCUGGAAGUUCAACUAAACACACAUCGUCUGAAUACUCAACUGAGCAGACAACACCAGGAGUAUCAACUAAACACACAUCGUCUGAAUACUCAACUGAGCAGACAACACCAGGAGUAUCAACUAAACACACAUCGUCUGAAUACUCAAGUGAGCAGACAACACCAGGAGUAUUAACUAAACACACAUCGUCUGAAUACUCAACUGAGCAGACAACACCAGGAGUAUCAACUAAACACACGUCAUCUGAAUAUUCAAGUGAGCAGACAACAUCAGGAAUUUCAACUAAACACACUUCAGCUGAAUACUCAAGUGAGCAGACAACACCUGGAGUUUCAACUAAACACACAUCAUCUGAAUACUCAAGUGAGCAUACAACACCUGGAAUUUCAACUAAACACACAUCAGCUGAAUACUCAAGUGAGCAGACCACACCUGGAAGUUCAACUCAACACACGUCAGCUGAAUACUCAAGUAAGCAGACAACACCAGGAGUAUCAAGGGAGCAAACAACACCCAGAAUAACAACUAAAUUAGCAUCAAGUCAGCAGACAACACCAGGAAUUUCAACUAAACACACAUCAUUAGAAUACUCAAGUGAGCAGACCACACCAGGAAGUUCAACUAAACACACAUCAUUAGAAUACUCAAGUGAGCAGACCACACCAGGAAGUUCAACUAAACACACGUCAUCAGAAUACUCAAGUGAGCAGACUACACCUGGAAGUUCAACUAAACACACAUCAUCUGAAUACUCAAGUGAGCAGACAACACCUGGAUUUUCAACUAAAUUAGCAUCAAGUGAGCAGACAACACCAGGAAGUUCAACUAAACACACGUCAUCUGAAUAUUCAAGUGAGCAGACAACACCUGGAGUUUCAACUAAACACACAUCAUCAGAAUACUCAAGUGAGCAGACGACACCUGGAAGUUCAACUAAACACACAUCAUCUGAGUACUCAAGUGAGCAGACAACACCAGGAGUAUCAAGGGAGCAAACGACACCUGGAAUAACAACUAAAUUAGCAUCAAGUGGGCAGACCACACCUGGAAGUUCAACUAAACACACGUGGAAUAUUCAAACAACACCAGGAGUAUCAAGGAAGCAAACGACACCUGGAAUAACAACUAAAUUAGCAUCAAGUGAGCAGACCACACCUGGAAGUUCAACAAAACACACGUCAGCUGAAUACUCAAGUGAGCAGACAACACCAGGAGUAUCAAGGGAGCAAACGACACCUAGAAUUUCAACUAAACACACAUCAUCUGAGUACUCAAGUGAGCAGACAACAGCUGAAAUUUCAUCUAAAUUAACAUCAACUAUGGAAACCAUGCCACUGUAUACAAGUAAACAAACAACAACUAUUUCUAAUCCAACAACUCAGCAUGAAACAAUCAGUACUGCAUUCAUCUCCACCUCUCUUCCUACUGCUGAGGUCACUAGCUCACCAACUACUUGCAGGCGUCAGUGCCAGUGGUCUGAUUGGUAUGACACGCAUUUCCCCAGCCUUGGUAAAAAUGAUGGUGACUUUGAAACUUAUCAGAAUAUUCAACAAAAAGGUGGAAAUAUUUGUGCUAAUCCAGCUAAAAUUGAGUGCAGAGCAGAAAAAUAUCCUAAUAAGACAUUACAGGAAGUUAAUCAAAUAGUUCAGUGUAAUGUUUCAGUGGGAUUACAAUGUAAGAAUGAAGAUCAAGAUGGAGAAUUCCCGUUAUGUUACAAUUACCAGAUCAGGGUUCUCUGUUGUGGCAUUUAUUACUGUGAAACAACCGUCACACAAGCAGGAAAUACCACUCUGCUACCAUCAACUUCAUCUGGAAAUGAAGUAUCGAAUCCAAGUGGGUAUCCUUUAAGCUCAACUGUAUCAAGCACUCUUGAGGAAAUAAAAACUUCUAAUGUUACUCCUUUUAGUACAACCAAUGAAAAAACACACAGAAGCUUUACAACAUCAAUUGUACCAACAACUUCUAAUACAUUUAUUAGCACUGGAAUAUCUUCAGCAUCAAGCACCACUCUAAGAUUGUCUACUGUAAUGUCCACAGCCUUAGAAACAAACAUCAUUACAUCAGGCACUGGAACAGUCAAGUCAACAACCAAAAAAACAACAAAAUCACAGCCAACCUCAGAAUAUGUUAAAGAGCUAACAGAAACUCUCCCAACUUUGAUCAUCCCAAGUGAUUUUCCAUCUCCUUUUACAGUUACUGAUAAAAGUAUUGUUACUCUGCCUUUAAAUUCUGACACUACAACAGAAUCCUCAUCUUUGACAAAAACGCAAGGUCUUAGCACUAAACCUAAACUUACUACAAUAAUAUCUGCAAUUACCCCAGUCAUUUCAACAGAGCAUGUUUCAUACAGCACAUCACAGCUGAGUGAAAGCUCAUCCUCUCAAGGGUCCACAAGACCUCUUUCUAAAAGCACAUCACAGCAAACAACAGUAACAACAGAAAUGUUAGACAAGUCCACAGACCAAGUCUCUAAGAGCACAUCACAGAAGACAACUGAGAAAACAACUUCACAGAAGACAACUGAGAAAACAACUUACCUUAUCACCACAAGACCUGUUUCUAAAAUUAAUACUUUGUCAUCCACAGAAUUAAUCACUAAGACUUCACAUAAAAUAACUGAAGCAACUUCCUCUCCAAAGCCAACAGGAGAUGUUUCUAAGACCACAUCUUGGAAGACUACUGAAAAGCCAAUUUCUUCAUUAUCCACAGUGCCAGUCUCCAAAACCACAUCACAGAUAGCAACAGAAAAGAUUACUUCUUCAUUGUUCACUGGGUCAGUUUCCAAAACUACAUUACAGAAGACAACUGAAAAAACUACUUCCCCUCUGCCCACUGAUCUGGUCUCAAAAACCACAAUUCUCAGGUCAACUGAAACAACAACAUCCUUGUCCACAGACUUAGGCUCUAAAACAACAUCACAUAAAAUAACCGAGAAGACUAUCUCUCCAAAGACAACAGAAUAUGUUUCUAAGACCACAUCAUGGAAGACUUCUGAAAAGACAGCAAUUUCACUCUCCAUAGGCCCAGUUUCCACAAGCACAUCACACAGCAUGACAGAAAAAACUACAUCUCCAAAACCAACAGGUUCUGUCACUAGCACCACAUCUCUGAAAUCUACAGAAAGGACAGUUUCACCAGCAUCCACAGAAACGAUGUAUAAGACCACAUCACAAAAAACAGAAAAGACUACUUCAUUCUCUACUGGGGUGGUCUCAAAGACAACAAUGCCAAAGACAAGUGAUAAGAUGACCUCUACAAAGUCGACAGAACCUGUUUCAAAAACCACAUCAUGGAAGACUACUGGGAAGUCUGCUGCCUCAUCAUUAUUCACAGAGCCAGUCUCCAAAACAACAUCACAGAGGAUCACAGUGAUGAGUACCAAUUCAAACACUACAGAAACUGUUUCUCAGACAGCAAGCCAGAAAACUACAGCAAAAGCAACGCCUACAGUGCCUGCAACCAAGACCACACUGCAGAAAACUGAAAAGACAACCUCAUUAUCCACAGGGAUAUUGUCUAAGACAACAUCACAGAAGAUAACUGAUACAAAAUCAACAUUGCCAGUAUCUAAAACUACACCACUAAAGACAACUGGAAUCACAACCCAUUCAAUGUCCACAGGGUCCAUCUCAAAGAGCACAUCGAACACUACAACAACAAAGACUACUUUUAUGUCCACCGGCCUAGUAUCAAAGACAACACUCCAGACAACUAUAGAAAAAAUAUCCUCUUCAGGAGGAACAACAAGACCUACAUCCAAGAGCACAUCACAGAAAACAACCAGCAAAUCAGUCUCUCAAAUGUCCUCAACCCCUGCUACAAGGACCACAAAGUCCACUUUUAAGACAACCACCUCCCCUGUAAUCACUCAUUCAUCAUCAAGAACAUUCAGUACUACUACACCUAGAACCACCCCGUGUAAACCAAAAUGUGCUUGGUCCCAAUGGUAUGAUGUCAGUAAGCCGUCAAAGACAUCUGGAGGAGAAUUUGAAACCAUAGAGAACAUACAAAAAGCUGGACUCAAAGUCUGUAUUAACCCAAAGCAAAUCAAAUGCAGAGCUGUUGACUUCCCCCAAGCAAAGCUUUCUAGCUUGAAUCAAAAAGUAUCCUGUAACUACACCUUUGGCCUCAGAUGUAUUAAUAAAAAUCAGCCACAGAAUAUGUGCUAUAAUUAUGAGGUGAGUUUCCAAUGCUGUACCUCAUGUACACAGACUACAGCCAUGCCUUAUUCCACAAUUCCAGCAUCUAUAAGAACAGAAAAUACCACUGCCACUUCACAGAGAACCACCUCUCGGAAAUCUACUCUAGUUCAGACCACCAAAACCUCAAGUGAAAUACCCACAUCAGGGCAUCAGUCUCAGAUGUCCUCUUCCACAUCUAAAUCUAGCUCUUCAUCCAGGAGCUCCACACCAGUGACUUCUACUUCAGGACAUGUUUCCAGUCCUGUAUCUGCUACAAUGAAAUCAACAAUGCACAGGUUAUCAACUACAGAGAAACCAACAAGUCAGCAGAUGACCAUACUUCAAGGAUCAACUGCUCAUACAACGUUUACUUCAGGAAGAUUCUCCACUCAAGAAGGAUCAACUACUCAUAGACUCUCCACAUCACAUGAGUCUACAACUCACAGACCGUCAAUGCCAGGCCUUUCAACUACUCCAGUUAAAUUCUCCUCCAGUAGCCCAAGCAUUUCUACAACUCACUGUGUUUGCAGCGUCAAUGGACAGAAAUUCCAAGCAGGUCAGCUCAUUUACAACACCACAGAUGAAAAUGGUUGGUGUUACACUGCUUUCUGUAAUGCAACAUGUGGUAUACAGAAAUCAAGCCGAGUUUGUAGUUCCACUCCUUCACCUUCCUCCUCUUCAAAGAUGACUACACCAUUCACAACAGAAAAAGGCUCCACCUCUACAUCUGUAAAGGUAGAAACAACAAUUCCAGCUAAAACUGGCUGCUCGGCCAUGAUCCCACCAAGAAAGAUUAACGAGACAUGGAUGUUGGACAAAUGCACUAAAGCCACAUGCAAAGGCCAUGACCAAAUUCGGGUUACUCCAGUUCAGUGCAAGCCAGUCCAGCCUCUGACGUGUGUCAAUGGGCGACCUGCUCGAAAGAUCUAUGACUCAUCUGGAUGUUGCUACAGAUAUGAAUGUGAAUGUGUAUGUACUACCUGGGGAUACCAGCAUCACAUGACCUUUGAUGGCACCUAUUAUCAGUACAGUAGCAACUGCACCCGUGUUCUGGUGGAAGAAAUCACUUCUAAGAAUGACCAUUUCCUUGUCAGUGUGGAUGAUGGUGACUGCUUUAAAAAGAACCAGGACUCCUGCACACGGUCCCUUUGGAUCUUCUAUCAAGGCAACAAAUUGUUCCUCACUGCAGAUGAAAAGAACUUGGUUUACUUCAAUGGUAAUCUCGUUUCACGAAACAUUGUCAAAAAUGGCUUCAAAAUCUACAGCACUGGCAUCAGUAUUCACGUUACAAUACUUGAUAUCAACGUUCACAUUGCCUAUGACAGAAUGAUUACAGUGAUCACACUGCCAUAUCAACGUUUCUUCAAUAAUACCCAAGGGCUGUGUGGUACUUGCACUAAUCUUCAAAAUGAUGAUUGCCGUCUACCAAAUGGUAAAAUAGAAUCCUCUUGUGUUGACAUGGCUGAACACUGGACAACUCCUAAUCAGAAAGCGUGUAUUCCAGUACUUCAGCCAACCUCCCAACCUACUCUUCCAUCAAGUUCAUUCAUGACGUCUUUGCCCUCGUCUGGUCCCUCUACCCUUUUAUCAAGCUCAGUUUCAAUAAGCUUGCCUUCUUCCACUCCUUCUACAUCUUCAAUAGGUUCUUCAUCUUUGGUUUCAACAACUUUGCCUGUCUCUUCAUCCACCGAGUCUCACACUACACCAGUGACUACCAAACCAACCAAAAAUCCUGUAUGCAAACCACCACUUUGCAAGCUAAUUACAAGCAGUAUCUUUGCAGAGUGUCACAGUCUGCUACCUUCGGAGCCUUACUAUGCAGCUUGUGUGGUGGAUUCAUGCCAGAUGAAUAAAGUGAACCCAGAAUGCAGUAGUUUGCAGAACUAUGCAGCUAUGUGUGCUGAUCUCGGAGUCUGCGUUGACUGGAGGAACCAUACUAAUGGAAAAUGCGCAUACAACUGUCCCAAAGAAAAAGAAUAUAAAGCCUGCGGACCAGCCAUUGAAUUCACCUGUAACUAUAGGUACAAUGAGGACUUUGCCAAAAAAGAUAUCAAAGACUCCAAUGUUUACGAAGGCUGCUUUUGCCCUGAGGGAAAGACUCUUUUCAACUCACAAUCAGACAUUUGUGUCUCAUCUUGUGACUGUGUUGGCCCAGAUGGAAUGCCAAAAAAGCCCAAUGAGAUAUGGCAGAGCAACUGCCAUCAGUGUUUCUGUGAUAAGGAGUCCUUAAGUGUUCAGUGUAAACCCCUCGUGUGUCCGAAAUUGCUGGCAGUCUCCUGUGAUAAGGAAGGCCAAGUUGCCAAAAGUGAGCCAAUGGCUAACAACUCCUGCUGCUCAACUACUAAAUGUGAGUGCAAUGUAGCCCUUUGUCCCAAAGUCAAAAAGAGUUGUGAAGCUGGAUUCCAGGUAGUAGUCAAAACAGUGAGUGGUGAAUGCUGCCCUGUCUAUGACUGUGUACCAAAGAAUGUCUGUGUUUUCAACAAUACAGAGUACCAGGUUGGAGCAACUCUGUCAAAAUCCAGCUGUGAAAACUGCCAAUGUACCGCUGAGGUGGACCCAUCCACACAGCUCCAUAAAAUCAUCUGUGAAGAGAAGACAUGUGACAUGCACUGCUCUAUAGGUUUUACCUAUCAGGAUGUUCCAGGACAAUGUUGUGGAAAGUGUGUACAAGUUGCAUGCAUCUUCCCAAUGCCUAUUAUUUCCAAUAAUAUCACCAACAGUUACUACACUCCCAGUGCCAACAGUGGCAGUCCUCAGGGCAGCACCAGUAAUCCAAAUGAGAACAGUUCUGCUGGAGGCAAUGUAACUCCCAAUGGGAACACUGCUAAAUCCACCGGAAGCAACAGUAGUCCCAACAGAACCGAUGACUACACUGACAGUCCCAUUCACAAUGUCAAUGUAACUCCCACUGGUAACAAUGGUCUUCCAACAAGUAAAGGCAGUCCCAGUAUCAUUCCUAGUGACAACAGCACCUACAUAGUUGAGCCUGGGCAUAUCAUAACAUUUCCUGGUGACAACUGUACCCACUAUGAGUGCCUUAUGAUUGAUGGUCAAUACGUGCCUAUUACUUCGAAGAAAUCAUGCCCUGAGUUCCAUCCUGAAAACUGCCUCCCGGGAACUAUUCGGUUAUCAAAUGAUGGCUGCUGCCAGACUUGUGAUGAAAAGCCAGAGAAGUGCAGAGUUCUGAAGAAGCCCACCAUUAUGACUCAUGAAGGCUGCCAAUCACAGCUGCCAGUUGAGGUGUCAUCUUGUGAGGGAACUUGCAAGACCUACUCCAUGUACUUAUCAGAAGCCAACAUCAUUGGCCACAAGUGCAGCUGCUGCCAGGAAAAGAAAACCAGCCUGAAAAACGUAGCUCUGGACUGUGCCAACGGGACAACCAUCAGUCACACCUACAUCUAUGUAGAACAAUGUGGCUGCAAGGACACCAGAUGUGAAGUAAAAGAUCACAUCUGAUCUACUAGUAGAGAGAAUGCAAAAGAUACCAGGAACAUCAGGAGAAUUUAUGAAAAUAAGUAACAUGGCAGCCUUUUGUAUCGAGGGUAAGCAGAAGAGUAUCAGGAAGACUAAGAGCAAUAAUAAAAACGCAGCCAGUGGGGACUUAUAGAAACAAAAAGGAUUUUCACGUCCCUCACUUUAAGUAACUCAAAUAAGAGGAAUGUCCCCAAUUGCUAGCAAACCUGAUUCAUUUUGUUGUAAUGUAUUUAAAUUGAAAAAUGAUAUGUGCAUUAUGAUGUAUAUUUACUGAUUAAUA